CACUGUGCGUCUGCCUAUCCAUCCUUCGCAACAUGUGAUGACAACACGGGUAGGCAUUAUUUUUGACAGUUAACUUCUUGCUUGUGCGAAUCCAUAAAACACUAAAUGAGUCGCAUUUGAGCUAAAGUGUAACUUAUUAAAUCCACAUUUCGCCUCUUUGAGUGGAUAACAGCCUGUUAGCGUUAAGUCAGGUUGGCUAGCGUCACUGGAACGGUCACUGUUGGGUUGUCUCACUAGCUUGUAGCCCGCUAACAGCAUGGACAACACCGAGGGAAACGAGAUCGAGCUCCACGGAGACGAGGAAAUCAUCGAAGUCAUCGACCUAAACGAGACGGAGCCUGGCCCUGAUGAUUUGGCUGAAGACCUGGAAGAUGUCGACUUUGACGAUGCCGGAGACGCAGAUUUUGAAGACGAAGAAGGCUGGGAGAUGGAGGACGAGAUGGAGGCUGAGGCGGAGCAGGACGACAGCGAGCUCACCUUCUCCAAACACACGGGCUCAGUGUUCUGCGUGAGCUUGGACCCUACGACAAACAGCUUGGCCGUGACAGGAGGGGAGGACGACAAGGCUUACGUUUGGAGGGUGAGCGACGGAGAGGUUCUGUUGGAGUGCACAGGUCACAAAGACUCUGUUACGUGUGCCGUGUUCAGCCACGACUCGUCGCUGGUGGCUACGGGAGACAUGAGCGGUGCGAUCAAAGUUUGGAAAUUGGAAGCCAAAGAGGAGAUCUGGUCUUUCGAAGUGGCAGAUCUGGAGUGGAUGGAGUGGCAUCCCUGCGCUCCGGUGCUGCUAGCGGGAACAGUAGAUGGCAGCGUGUGGAUGUGGAAGAUCCCUGGAGGAGACUGUAAAACCUUCCAGAGUCCGGCUUGCCAGGCUAGCAGCGGCAAAGUCCUACCUGAUGGUAAACGGGCUGUGGUGGGUUAUGGGGACGGGACAGUGCGUGUGUGGGAUUUGAAGCAGGGCAAUGCCAUCCAUGUCAUUAAAGGUCAGGACGGACACCAGGGAUCUUUGACCUGCCUGGCGUGCAACAAGGACGGCUCUCUGGUGCUGACAGGUUCAGUGGACGGCAUCGCCAAGCUCAUCAACACCGCCACGGGCAAGGUGGUUGGAUCAUUCUCUGUGGAGGGCAAAGCAAAAGGAUCAAAAGACGAGGAGAACUCCGUGGAAUCUGUGGGAUUCUGUAACAUGCUGGCAUCGUUCACCUGCAGUGGGAGGAGUCCUCUUCUGUGGUGUCCACCUGCAGCUUGGACGGAGCCCUGCGCCUGUGGGACGCCCGCUCUGGCAACAUGGUGUCCAAGUACCGCGGCCACACCGGGGAAAUCCUCGACUUCACCACAAACAGGGAAGCUUCUCUCGUGGUCACUGCCUCAGGGGACAACCAGGCCAAAGUCUUCUGCCUCCAGAGACCGGACCGGUAAAGAGAGCUGGAACGAGACAAUAAGAGGAGGAAAUAUUUUAGAAGAAAUAUUAAAGACAUUGGAUGGCUCAGACUUUUUGUUGUUUCGACUCAGGAUUAAAAAAAUUUAAAAAGUAUCUUGUGUGGUCUUAGUAGGAUUGUAGCAUCCAAAAGGUUUAUCCAUCCAAAGUAACUGAGUGGAAAAAGGUCUGGUUUCUUCACAGAAGUUUGAAGUAUGAUUCUUUAAAACUAAUUAUUUUAUCCUACUUAAAAUAUUUCUGUAAAAGACUACACAACGUGGAAUUCAAUGAGUGAUACAUUAAAGUGUCCUCUCUUUGACGUCCCACUUAAUGUUCUGUGCUCAAAAAUCUUUUAGAGAUAAAGUUUCCUUUGUUCUUCAUGACAAUUUUUUCCCCCCAUAUUUGGAUUUUUAGUUUGCUAAAUGUCAGGACUACAUUUCUCAAAGUCCAAGUUUUUCCUCUCUUCUUCUUCCCAGACCUCGUGUGUGUGGUCUUCCAGCUCUAACACACAUUGUUCAAUUUAGAAUAAUGUCAUAAAAUGUUGUUGUACUGUAUACAAAAGUGUAAAUACAAAAUAAUAAAUAACGUACCUCCUUCUGGGUAACUAUUAA